AUGACUGAAUGUCUAGCGUAUGUAGACAAUGUGGGUGUGUAUCUGUGUCAGAUGAUGCAAUGAAAAAUGCAUAGCUCACCAAUCUGUACAGGUGUAUUAGUCAAAUUCAAACUGUAGGCCUAUGUGGUCGUGUACUCUGGCCUGAGAAAGACGGUAGGGGAAAGACCUUUGUGAGCUGUGUGUUGACAUUAUGAAAUAACCCAAAAUGAAUCUAUUCCUAGACAGUCAAUGUGAAUUGACUUUAUUCCUGUACCACUGACCUACAGUAGCACCUGAAGAUACUCUGUUUGUUUCUAAACUUUGACCAGUGAGUUCCUUAUUCUUCUGUUCUGUCCUCUCGUCAGAUGUCAACGACCACAGACAAUGGAGUGGGAGGGUCUCGGAACACGAGCGGAGAGAAAACAUACAAGAAGGUAAAGUUUCAUCUCUCCAUAUACUGCUCUCUCUGGCUGGAUUCUACUGGCCUUUUAUGAGAACCAUGAAGGGAGGUUUCCCAGUGUUUGUUGUUGAAAUGAAUGACCAUUUAUCACUAUGAUGAAGUCCAAGAAGCCUUUUGAUGUGACCCUUUGACAUAUGAGCUCCUAUAAAUGCCCUGCUUCUACACAGUUAGUACAUGAUGGGAAGCCAUCCUCACAGUCCAUUCUCUGCUUCACUGUAUUUUCAUUUGGAUUAGACGUCACUGGUGGCGAUGGAAUUUUUGGCACACACAAUAUAACUGGGCCUAUUGCAGUCGAUUUGAAACAUCUGGGUAAUUAAUUUGACAUUUUCAGAACAAUUGAAGCCAUCUAAGAAAGUGUCAUAGGCAUCAACUGGCUUUCAAUUUCAUGACUUUAACGUGCUUGUUUCAGACAAUCUGACUUUGUUUUCUGACUGUACUGUAUAUUCCUGAACGCCCAUCUUACACUGACCUUUUACAAGACAUGCCUCCAGAAGAGGUAUCAGUAUAUUAUUUCUUAGAAAUGAGUACCAUUCUCUUCUGGGAAUUUGCUACCUUCUUGCUCUUUGGAGUUUACGCCUAGUUCUCCUACCUUUUUCUUAAGGUAUCUGUGACCAACAGAUCUAUAUCUGUAUUCCCAGUCAUGUGAAAUCCAUUGAUUAGGGCCUAAUGAAUUGAUUUCAAUUGACUGAUUUCCUUAUAUGAACUGUAACUCAGUACAAUCCUUGAAAUUGCGUUUAUAUUUUUGUUUGAUUCAUGUGUUGCUUGAUUGAUUUGUUGAUUGGUUAAUGUAUGUGUUGAUUUAUGUGUUGAUUGGUGUGUUUGGUUGUCCCUGACCCUCAGACCACAUCGUCAGCCCUGAAGGGGGCCAUCCAGUUGGGCAUCGGCUACACAGUGGGCAACCUGACCUCCAAACCUGACAGAGAUGUUCUCAUGCAGGACUUCUACGUGGUGGAGAGCGUCUUCCUGCCAAGGUGAGAAGCAGGGACAUUACUGAUGAUUAUACUGAUACUAUAGUAUAGUAUAUAGUACAGUACAGUAUAAAAUAUUAUACAAAGAGUGGGUCUAAUCCUGAAUGCUGAUUGGUUAAAACCGCAUUUCAACCGGUGUCUACUGUGUCAUCAGCCCAGCCAGGCAAUUUAUAAACUUGAUCUCCACUAUAUAAAGCAUCUAGACAUUAUCUCACAUUUCUUUUAGACUAACAUUUAGUUUUCAACAUCUUAUAUAAACCUUGCUGUCUGUCUCCGACAUUUGCAACAUUGUUUCAAUAUUCAAAUUUGAUCUCCAGCUGUCGCAUAGUAAUGAACGUGUCGGGAUGAAACAGACAGGCAGGCAGCUUUUCUCAGCCAGUCGAAAUCAUGAAAGCAUCAUUUUGUAUACAGAUAAAUAUUAAUAGAAAACAGCUCAAAUGAAACGUAGUGCAGCUAGUUUGCAGUCUUUCCAGCUUCAGUCUGAAGUGAUUGUGUUAGCUGUGUUGUUGGCUAGCUGCUCUGAACAACAGUGUCCUGACGAUCAAGCACAUUUUCUAUGCCAGGUAAAAUCGUGCCUCAUUAGCUCAUUGUUUUGGAUGUAUCCAAAUAAAUGUCACUAGAAAACAGCUUCAACAAAUGCAAAUGAAGCUACUUUAGUGUUAUUAUGGCUGCACUGUUUGACGUGACUGAGCUAGCAAGCAAGGGAUAAGAACGUUGCCAGCCAGUAUGGCAAUAGAACAUUUAGAACGAACAACUGCAAUGAACGUCUAUAGAUACAGAACAAAAAGACUGAACGACCGGGUCGCGUCUCUGGCAAUCGAACCCGAUAGAACGAACGAGCAGCCGGCUUGGGUAGCAACUCUAGAUUUGUGUUGGGACUAGUAUGAAUAGGCCUCCUGAGUUGCGCAGCGGUCUCGGGACAGGCGAAGGUCGACUCAUGCGUCCUCCAAAACAUGACCCGCCAAGCCGCGCUUCUUAACACCCGCCUGCUUAACCCGGAAGCCAGCUGCACAAAUGUGUCGGAGGAAACACCGUUCAACUGACGACCAAAGUCAGCCUGCAGGUGCCCAGCCCGCCACAAGGAGUCGCUAAAGCGCGAUGAGCCAAGUAAAGCCCCCCCGGCCAAACCCUCCCCUAACCCUGACGAUGCUGGGCCAAUUGUGCGCCGCCCUAUGGGACUCCCGGUCACGGCCGGUUGUGACACAGCCUGGGAUCGAACCCCAGGCUGUAGUGACGCCGCAACACUGCGAUGCAGUGCCUUAGAAUGCUGCGCCACUCGGGAGGUACGUACAAACUUUUGUCAAUAAUGUGGCAUCUGCAAAGGACAUGAACUGAACGUAGCUAGUCAAAGUUAGCUAGUCAAUCAAGCAACUCUAGCCGAGACGUUAGUUGCUUUGCAGCUUCCAGUUUCAUUUCCAAAAUAAAGGUCUAGAGCUUGUUUUAGAACUGCAUUCAAUAACGACGUUACACCAGUAGAUGGCGUGGUAUAGGCUUGGGCCUUCAGCAAAUGACUAGUGUGAGAAUAAUAAAGACACAGAAGAGCCUUGUCUAGAAUAACCGCCUGAGCUGCAAAAUAGAAAGUAAAUAUGAUUUAGGCUUGACCUAUUCCGCUAUCUAAAUAUGCCGUGCUGUUGUGUGUUAUUUAUUGGCCUUAUAAUUGCAUCAUUUAUUUUUAUAGCUGCGUGGGGCUACUGUGGGGAUCAUGUAACCUAAUGAAUCACACUUGUUCCAGUAUUUGGGAGCACGGUAGGCCUUAUAUUAGGCAUUUUGACUGUUGUAUUAGUGAAUUCCACUCUAUAUGUAGGCUUGUUAUAGCCAUUUGCGUUGCACAACCCAUCACGCAGAGGCUAUAUCCAUAUCAAUAAAUGAGACAGAACAAAAUAUUGAUUAUGUCUUGACUAUAACCUGUCCUGAGCGAAAUAGCCAAGGGGUCCCAAAUGGUCAAGACUAUCUAUAGCCUAUUCUUAUUGCCAGAUCUGUUUUCCCUAUCAGCCACUGCACGUGCUUCAACUAUUUUGUUUAACAUUUAUUAAAGGCUAUAUUUAGAGGCCUGUGAGCUAGGGUCUCUUUUUAAGGGGAGCCCUAUAAUAAAAACUGUUAUAAAACACAAAUAGAGUUCUACAAUUAUUCCGCAAAACACCAGUACCCAAAAUGAUAGCCUAAAUUGCAAUGCCUACAAGUUGAAGGCCUAUUUUGUUUAUUUGGAUAGGCCUAAAUUAAACAUUGAAUUAUUAAAGUGGUAGGCUAAAGAACUUUUGAGAAUUUAGAUCAUUUUGAAUACACACAUGGAUUUCAAUAAACAAAUGAAUAAGACUGUUCUAUUCUCUUUGAUUUAGUUCCUAUUACAACUCAGACAAAUGACUGAAUGGAUGACAUACUGACUGGAUGAAUUAAAUGUUCAAAUAUGUUGGAAUGACGAGUUGCACGCAUCAUGCAUGCUCUGCACUUUAUUUGGCUAGUAGGCAAAUAGGCCUACAGUGGGGAGAACAAGUAUUUGAUACACUGCCGAUUUUGCAGGUUUUCCUACUUACAAAGCAUGUAGAGGUCUGUAAUUUUUAUCAUAGGUACACUUCAACUGUGAGAGACGGAAUCUAAAACAAAAAUCCAGAAAAUCACAUUGUAUGAUUUUUAAGUAAUUAAUUUGCAUUUUAUUGCAUGACAUAAGUAUUUGAUACAUCAGAAAAGCAGAACUUAAUAUUUGGUACAGAAACCUUUGUUUGCAAUUACAGAGAUCAUACGUUUCCUGUAGGUCUUGACCAGGUUUGCACACACUGCAGCAGGGAUUUUGGCCCACUCCUCCAUACAGACCUUCUCCAGAUCCUUCAGGUUUUGGGGCUGUCGCUGGGCAAUACGGACUUUCAGCUCCCUCCAAAGAUUUUCUAUUGGGUUCAGGUCUGGAGACUGGCUAGGCCACUCCAGGACCUUGAGAUGCUUCUUACGGAGCCACUCCUUAGUUGCCCUGGCUGUGUGUUUCGGGUCGUUGUCAUGCUGGAAGACCCAGCCACGACCCAUCUUCAAUGCUCUUACUGAGGGAAGGAGGUUGUUGGCCAAGAUCUCGCGAUACAUGGCCCCAUCCAUCCUCCCCUCAAUACGGUGCAGUCGUCCUGUCCCCUUUGCAGAAAAGCAUCCCCAAAGAAUGAUGUUUCCACCUCCAUGCUUCACGGUUGGGAUGGUGUUCUUGGGGUUGUACUCAUCCUUCUUCUUCCUCCAAACACGGUGAGUGGAGUUUAGACCAAAAAGCUCUAUUUUUGUCUCAUCAGACCACAUGACCUUCUCCCAUUCCUCCUCUGGAUCAUCCAGAUGGUCAUUGGCAAACUUCAGACGGGCCUGGACAUGCGCUGGCUUACUAAAGUGUGUUACUAAUGGUUUUCUUUGAGACUGUGGUCCCAGCUCUCUUCAGGUCAUUGACCAGGUCCUGCCGUGUAGUUCUGGGCUGAUCCCUCACCUUCCUCAUGAUCAUUGAUGCCCCACGAGGUGAGAUCUUGCAUGGAGCCCCAGACCGAGGGUGAUUGACCGUCAUCUUGAACUUCUUCCAUUUUCUAAUAAUUGCGCCAACAGUUGUUGCCUUCUUACCAAGCUGCUUGCCUAUUGUCCUGUAGCCCAUCCCAGCCUUGUGCAGGUCUACAAUUUUAUCCCUGAUGUCCUUACACAGCUCUCUGGUCUUGGCCAUUGUGGAGAGGUAGGAGUCUGUUUGAUUGAGUGUGUGGACAGGUGUCUUUUAUACAGGUAACGAGUUCAAACAGGUGCAGUUAAUACAGGUAAUGAGUGGAGAACAGGAGGGCUUCUUAAAGAAAAACUAACAGGUCUGUGAGAGCUGGAAUUCUUACUGGUUGGUAGGUGAUCAAAUACUUAUGUCAUGCAAUAAAAUGCAAAUUAAUUACUUAAAAAUUAUACAAUGUGAGUUUCUGGAUUUUUGGAUAAAAAUUACAGACCACUACAUGCUUUGUAAGUAGGAAAACCUGCAAAAUCGGCAGUGUAUCAAAUACUUGUUCUCCCCACUGUAUAUAAUGACUCAAUAGCUGCAUGCCUCCAGAAGGGCAUCUUCUGAGGCUUAGGGGUGCUUUUCCGAAGGCGCAUGGUGCUGUGGUGCUGCACGGAGAUCACAAGCUCUUCAGCUGGGCAGCAGUGUCACGAUGGAGGGAAUAGCCUAUACGGAGACUUCCUAAGACCACUGCAACAGAGUUAUACCAGACUUAGCCUACGUUUAACCUCUCCCUUGUUCAUUUCAAAGUCCAUAUGUUCAUGACCCGAUUCAUAUAAAUCAUGUACAAUUAUUUAAAAUUCAUAUUAACCCUUCCUACAGAAUAUGCUUUCGCAAGAUUUUGAGUGAUGAAAUAAAUAUCAAAAUAUCCUAUAACAAUAUAUAUAUUUUGAGUGGUAAAGACUCCAGUGGCCAUGCAUAAUUCAUAGAUUCACCAAACCAUCUAUUAUAAUUCUAUGUUUCAUUAUUCCUGGUAGAUACUACUGGUUAUGAUUGCAGACAGAGCCCAGAGAAUGGGAUUGUGCAAUAUUGAAUAAGGUGCAUGCAUGGGGAUGUCCAGUUCACCCAGAGAUAUGCCUAUGCUGUUGAGAUACACCUAGCGGACUGAAACUUCACUGUUGUAGGCAUAAUACAGCUAGUGCCAUCUAGACUUGCGCUGGCAAACAAAUCCAUUACAUUAGCUACCUAAAUGUGAAGUAAACUCAACUGAGGAGUAAUAGAGAAUGGAGACUUUUAACUUGAAAACGUGCAGGAUACAUCUUCCGGUUUCCAUUACUUCUGUUUUUUUAUACUGUGUUAUGCUUGUUCGCGUAGCACUCCUCACAGGCUGUUUGGUGAACGUUUUUUUUGUUGGUGAGAUGAAACUGCCAAAACUCUGAAAGGUAUUAUUGUACGUCAGAAUUGCAACACAAGAUUUGUUCAAGCCUAAAAUGUUAGUACGUAAUCGUAACAUGGUGUUUGAAUGUUCACAGGUGAAAUUUCACGUUUACGUUUCAUGUUUCACGCAUGGCUUUUCUUACGAUCCUAACAAUUUACAUAUGGAUUUUCUUACGAUCCUAACAAUACGUACGUUCAACCUUUUGGCAGCUAUCUCGCUCCAUAGCUUAGCCCCUCCCUGUUUAUCCCUUACGUAUAGUAUAGUAAUACUGAGUAGCAAUUAAACAAUAUAUUGUAUCUACGUAUGCUUUCACACAAAUACAUGCUUUAUAGCCUGAGUAGAUGAAUCCUAAUGAUACGUUCUUUAGAAACACUACAGCCUAUGCUGGUGCUGCUGUGAAGUGACUCAUUGACUUUCAGCAGUGAACAUGCAGUAUUACUGAAGAGGGAACAUAGGUUGAGCUAGAGCUGUCUGCUAGCUGAAAUAGGAGAGUUUCAUGUCUGCUAGCUGAAAUAGGAAAGCUUCAUGUCUGGAUCUCUCCAUGAAACAAGAGGGAGGAGGCGUUCUCCUUAAACAGUAAUGACUCACAGAGAGAGAUGGACUCUCAGGAUUCAUAUCCCAAAGAAUAGAAAGAGGCAUCUAUCAUUUAACAUGAGUGUGAAUCAGCUAGUUGAAGUCAUGGUGUAUGGACUAAGUCACUCCAGUGGAUUAUAUACCCAAGACCCUGGAAAUCAGCUUACUGUGUCUUUUAACGCCAGUGUGCAAAACAUACUGCAUACUGUGUCGUGCCUGACCCAUCAAAUCGUCUGUCUUAAUAAUUACAUCAGCAGCUUAAAGAAACACUUUACAUAACCCAGAACACACCCAGGAAUACACGCACACAUAUACACAAACAAACACAUGCACACGCACACACACACACACAGACACAAACACACACACACACACAAACACACACGAGUGUAAAAGAUGACAUCAUUAGUGCCGUCAGACCACAUCACUUGGUAUUAAUAGAUGAGCAAACGUCAUGCACUGUUUGAGGAAGCUUCUCGUCUAUGUUGACUAUGUCUCACAUAUUGCGCAAAAGAUCUAGAGACAAGCCUCUCACCAUAUGAAAAACAGAAAAUCACCAGAGAAUGUCAACCUCUUGAAUGGUUGAGUUUUGUAAGUAAGUUUUGUGUAUUUGCUAAUGGUCAUGCCAGCCUCUUUCCCUUCCAAGCCCUGCAGAGACUUGGACUAGGAAAUGCUUUCUGUGUUUCACUUUCCAAAUGGCACAUCAGGACAAGUCUGUCCUUCAAAAGAAACUGAGCAUACUGGUGUAUGCAAACAUGCUGUCAGAUUAAACUCGCACUCUGAGCUUCACAUUUAUAAUGAUUAUUUCAAUAUAUUCUGCAGGUUAAAGUGAUUUUAGGCAAAUUAUUCUACUUAACACAGGUGCAAUAGCCAUCCUAGAAUGUUGAAGUUUAAGUUGUUUAGCCAAACAUACGGAGAGGGAUAGAACAAUAUGUUCUCAUUUUCUCUUCAUGGGCAUCUUUUGACUGAGAGAGGGCUGGUGACCAUGACAACACUGGAGAGACCAGGUGUUUUAACCUCCACUAGAAGAGACAAAAGACUCUCCAUGGAGGAAAAACAAACUGAACAAAACUAGUGGAGGAGGAAGCUUAAGCCAUGACGUGGCUACAGGCAUACAGUAACACAGUGGUUCCCAAACUGUGGGGUGCAAGGAGUCGCCGGGGGGGGCAUGGGUUAAUUUAAUUUUUUUAAGGAACGCAGUCCGGCAUUAAACUUACUCUUGAAAGUUGUAAUAGUAGAAUGCACAAGGUGCAAUUUCGAAAUUGGCUAGUGCAUCAUUAGUUCCUCUUGUCAUGUUAGUCAUUGCAUAUCUUAGAGAGCUAUUUAUAAAUUGUCAGAAAUGUCCAGAUCAAGUCAGCUAACGUUUUUUUAUUUAGUUUUUUUAGCCCAUAGAUAUUGUUGUACAUUUUUUGUCAUGCAAAUGACACAUGAAUACACAUUAAACAUGGCAAAAUGUAGAAUUGCAAGGAAAUAAGCUUUAAACCUGAAAUAUUCUCUCCACCAACAAGAGGGGUGUGAACAGUUUGUGUCAUGAACAGUGCUUGUGCCCAUAGAAAUAGAUGUGUGCACGCGCGCUGGGGGGGGGGGGGGGGGGGGGGCGCGGGAUUUUCCCCAAUGCUGGAAGGGGGCCCCAAGUCAAAAGGUUUGGGAACCCCUGCAGUAACAGGACAGCAGUAGUUAUUGUCUCAAUCUCUCUCUCUCUCUCUCUCUCUCUCUCUCUCUCUAUUUCUCUGUCUACCUCUCUCUCUUCCUCUCCCCUCUCUCUCCCCUGAGAGACACAGGGCAGAGUGACUGACGGAGAGCUCUCAGAGAGGAUCCUCCGGGAUCCUCCUCCACUUCCCUCAUCUCCAUUGGUUCCCUUCACUCAUCCUGUCAGGCUGUCGCUGGCUUUGGUGCCUGUACAUCUCAGGCAGAUUUUCUGACUCCCACAUUGUUUAUCUGGUGUAACUUGUCUAGUCUUUUUUUCUCUAACAGUACUCUAAUUCUGCUAUGCGUGGAUAAGACACUUUCAUUGCUGUGUGCAUUUGUGUGCUCUUUAGUCUAAAUGGUUCUAAUUUGAGACUAUACAAUUUCAGUCACAGUAGGCAGGCAGCACAUAGCUCUGUGCAGCUGGAGGUGAUUCUCUUUGCUACCCACACACACACACAGCGUGAUUUCAUUCAGGAGUAGGCUGAUGAUCACACCUAUUAUGUUUAGGUUGUAGUCUAUCCUGUUACUGAGUGAAAGCACUGGGGCACAGCCCAACAUCUUUGCCAAGUCAGGGUUCAAAAACCUGAUUUCGAUAGCAGCUUGCUGUUGAGAUGCCCUUGAAAACAAAUACCUUUUAACACACUUUUAAUGGAUUUAGAUUUAGGGUGCAGUGCAUUGGGGUGUUGUUAUAGGAUCAUCUGGAGCAAAGCUAAUCACCCAGUAGACCUCCUGUGUUCUGUUCCACCUGGCACAGCUACAGGUUCAUACCAAAACAGGGUCAGUCUCUACGUGAGCAAUGCAAGUCUUCCUCAUAAAAGAAAGAGAAAGAAAGGAAAACAGAAAUGUGGGUUAUUUUUUCUUUCUUUCUUUCUCUUUCUCUUUCUCUUUCUCUUUCUCUUUCUCUCUCUCUCUCUCUCUCUCUCUCUCUCUCUCUCUCUCUCUCUCUCUCUCUCUCUCUCUCUCUCUCUCUCUCUGAGUGGUAGAGUGUGUGUUUGUGUGUGUGUGUGCUCGUGCGUGUAUUAGGAGUUAACCCCUUGCUGACCGAUCCCACUCAGAAGGCAUGCCAGAGAGAGGGGCCCUUCAGGUCAAAGUCAUUACUACUCUCUAUUAUUACACUGUCAUUAUCACUGGAACAGGUAGAUCAGAGGAGAAUACACCAUGGAGUUUCAAAAUGCAGCACUACCAUAUAGAAUAUAUAUCAUACUGUAUGAGCAUGCCCAGCUAUUAUAUGCAUGAUCUAUUAUCUAUAUAUUACUCUACACUCACAUUACAUUACUUAUCAUUUGAAAUGAUUUUCUACCAUUCUUUUCUAUUAUGCAAUAUCUUGUAUGUUUCGGAUUCACUCUCUCUUUACUCCAAGGCUGUUGUACCCUCCUCACCACUGCUCUAAUGAAUGCCCUGCCACAUUCUGCAUUUAUGAUCAGUCAUCAUUGCUAUCAGACAAAAGGCUGCACAACAAGCAAAGAAAGAGUUAAAGCCAGAGAGAGAUUGAGGGAGAGGCAGAGUGAAAGAGAGAGAGAGACUGAAGGGUGAAGCAAACACUGUCGUAAUGUGUCCUUGUUAAUUAUGCAUUUAUUCAGAGACAGAAGCAACAACAGAGAUUAAUUAAGACCAAACACAUACACACACACACACACACUCUACCACCCAGGGUCCUGAAUGCAAAUCAAAUCAAAUCAAAUUGUAUUUGUCACAUGCGCCGAAUACAACUGGUGUAGUAGACUUUACUGUGAAGUGGUUGCUUACGAGCCCUUCCCAACAAUGAAGAGUUUAAAAAUGUUAAUUAAAAUAGGAACACAAGAGGAAUAAAAUACACAAGAAUGGAGCUAUAUACAGGGAGUACCAGUACCAGAUCAAUGUGCAGAGGUACGAGGUAUUUGAGGUAGAUAUGUACAUGAAGGCAGGGUAACGUGACUAGGCAUCAGAAUAGAUAAUAAUAAGAGUAAAAUAAAGAACAGAGUAGCAGCAGCAAAUUAUAUUUGUAAAAGUGUGUGUGUGUGAGUAAUGUAUAUGUGUGUGUAUGUACGUGUGUUUGUGUUGUAUCUGUAUACGUGUAUGUGAAUGUGUGGGAGUGUAAAUGUAGUGUGUGUGUGAGUGAGUGUGUGUAUGUUGUGUGUGUAUAUAUAUAGUCUAGUGAGUGUGCGUAGGGUCAGUGCAAGAUAAGAGUCAGUGCAGAUAGUCUGUGUACCAUUAAUUGACUAUUUAGCAGUCUGGCUAUUUAGUUGUCUUAUGGCUUGGAGGUAGAAGCUGUCUCGGAGCCUGUUGGUCCGAGAGCUGAUGCUCCGGUACCGUUUGCCGGACGGUAGCAGAGUGACCAGUCUAUGGCUUGGGUGGCUGGAGUCUUUGGCAAUUUUUCGGGCCUUCAUCUGACACCACCUGAUAUAGAGGUCCUGUUGAUGUGGAUGGGGGCGUGCUCUCCCCUCUUUCUCCUAUAGUCCACAAUCAGUUCCUUGGUCUUACUGAAGUUGAGGAAGAGGUUGUUGUCCUGGCACCACACUGCCAAGUCUCUGACCUCCUCCCUGUAGGCUGACUCAUCGCCGUCGAUGAUCAAAUCAAAUCAAAUGUAUUGGUCACAUACACAUGGUUAGCAGAUGUUAUUGCAAGUGUAGCGAAAUGCUUGUGCUUCUAGUUCCGACAGUGCAGCAAUAUCUAGCAAGUAAUAUCUAACAGUUCUACAACAAAUACCUAAUACACACAAAUCUAAGUAAAGGAAUGGAAUAAGAAUAUAUAAAUAUAUGGAUGAGCAAUGUCAUUGUCAGAGCGGCAUAGGCUAAGAUGCAAUAGAUAGUAUAGAAUACAGUUUAUACAUAUGAGAUGGGUAAUGCAAGAUAUGUAAACAUUAUUAAAGGGGCAUUAUUAAAGUGACUAGUGUUCCAUUUAUUAAAGUGGCCAGUGAUUUUCAAGUCUGUAUGGAGGCAGCAGCCUCUCUGUGCUAGUGAUGGCUGUUUAACAGUCUGAUGGCCUUGAGAUAGAAGCUGUUUUUCAGUCUCUCGGUCCCAGCUUUGAUGCAUCUGUACUGACCUCGCCUUCUGGAUGAUAGCUGGGUGAACAGGCAGUGGCUCGGGUGGUAGUUGUUCUUGAUUCUUUUGUUGACCUUCCUGUGACAUUGGGUGCUGUAGGUGUCCUGGAGGGCAGGUAGUUUGCCCCCGGUGAUGCGUUGUGCAGACCGCACCACCCUCUGGAGAGCCCUGCGGUUGUGGGCGGUGCAGUUGCCGUACCAGGCGGUGAUACAGCCCAACAGGAUGCUCUCAAUUGUGCAUCUGUAAAAGUUUGUGAGGGUUUUAGGUGACAUGCCAAAUUUCUUCAGCCUCUUGAGGUUGGCCUACCACCAAUCAGACCUACCACCGUCGUGAACUUGAUGAUGGGAGUUGGAGUCGUGCGUGGCCAUGCAGUCGUGGGUGAACAUGGAGUACAGGAGGGGGCUAAGCAUACACCCCUGAGGGGCCCCGUCCCUGGGGUCAGCGUGGCGGAGGUGUUGUUGCCUACCCUCACCACCUGGGGCCGGCCCGUCAGGAAGCCAGGAUCCAGUUGCAGAGGAAGGGGUUCAGUUCAAGGGUCCCUAUCUUGGUGAUGAGCUUGGAGGGGACUAUGGUGUUGAACGCUGAGCUGUAGUCUAUGAACAGCAUUCUCACAUAGUUAUUUCCGCUCUUGUCCAGGUGGGAGAGGGCAGUGUGAAGUGCAACUGAGAUUGCUUCAUCUGUGGAUCUGUUGGUGCGGUAUGCAAAUUGAAGUGGGUCCAGGGUGUCUGGGAUGAUGGUGUUGAUGUGUGUCAUGACCAGCCUUUCAAAGCAGAUAAAUUGUGGAUGUGUUCGUGCUGUGGGCUCAAUGUGACUGCAGACUGCCAUCAGUCAGUGAGUCUGAGGAGAACCCCAUGCCUCUCUCUCUCUCUCUCUAUGGACACAGAGCUCAUAUCAUCAUAGUGCUGGUCCCCUGUGUUGUAUGGGUGUUGUUUAGGGUAAACAGAGGCAUGCUCUCUCUCCAGGCUCUGGACUCUAAACAGGUCUGUGUGCCACUGGAAUACUGGUUCAUCUGGUUAACUGUACUUAAAGACGUCCUCCAGCGAUUUUUGAACUUUUACUGUUGAAAAGCGAUAUCCCAAGUAUAUAUACAGUAUACACACAGAGGUGUGUCGCAUUACUUCAUGCCACGAUCCACUGAAUGCUCUGGAUGCUCUGACAUGACGAUUAUCAGCUAUAGUUAAAGACAGUGUGUGAUAUCUGUUUGCAGAAUGUCCGUCUACGUCAGUGAUAGUUUUGUACCUUAGUAUCUGAUGAACUGAAAUUAGUCCAAACUCACUUGCUUGUUUCUGUAUGUGGGGAUAUUCUAACUAACUGUUCUGUGUCUUUGUGUCCGGUGGGUCUUGUUUCCAUCAGCGAGGGGAGCAACCUGACACCAGCUCACCACUACCCAGACUUCCGCUUCAAAACCUAUGCCCCGCUGGCAUUCCGCUACUUCCGGGAGCUCUUCGGGAUCAAACCAGAUGACUACCUGGUAGGUCUAAACACCACACGUGGUCCACACUAGGUACACACCAGGUACACUCCUAGUCCACACCUAGAUUGAGACACAUCCCAUAGGUUAGAGUUCAUCCUACUUAUCAUGUAACUUUCACCAAUCAACUCAUUGGGAUCAGUGGUGACUAAAGUGUAUUGGAAUGUAACCAGAGUUUUAUAGAGCAGUGGUUUUUCCCUGUUCUACCUGUCCAGCUGUGGAGGUGGAGAUGGGGGUUGGGUUUGGGGGGUGAGGUAAUAGUCGUGCUAAUUUCAUUAUGAUGGGUUUAAUUGUAUCCACUGCACAUUGAAAUGAAAUCAGGCUAUAAUUUCCCAGAGGGUCGAGGUGGGUGGAUGUGUGUGUGUGUGUGUGUGUGUGUGUGUGUGUGUGUGUGAGUGUGCGUGUAUUAGGAGUUAACCCCUUGCUGACCGAUCCCACUCAGAAGGCAUGCCAGAGAGAGGGGCCCUUCAGGUCAAAGUCAUUACUACUCUCUAUUAUUACACUGUCAUUAUCACUGGAACAGGUAGAUCAGAGGAGAAUACACCAUGGAGUUUCAAAAUGCAGCACUACCAUAUAGAAUAUAUAUCAUACUGUAUGAGCAUGCCCAGCUAUUAUAUGCAUGAUCUAUUAUCUAUAUAUUACUCUACACUCACAUUACAUUACUUAUCAUUUGAAAUGAUUUUCUACCAUUCUUUUCUAUUAUGCAAUAUCUUGUAUGUUUCGGAUUCACUCUCUCUUUACUCCAAGGCUGUUGUACCCUCCUCACCACUGCUCUAAUGAAUGCCCUGCCACAUUCUGCAUUUAUGAUCAGUCAUCAUUGCUAUCAGACAAAAGGCUGCACAACAAGCAAAGAAAGAGUUAAAGCCAGAGAGAGAUUGAGGGAGAGGCAGAGUGAAAGAGAGAGACUGAAGGGUAAAGCAAAAACUGGCAUAAUGUGUCCUUAUUGAUUAUGCAUUUAUUCAAACACAGAAGCAACAACAUAGAUUAAUUAAGACAGAACACACGCACACAAACACACACACACACACACACACACACACACACACACACACACACUCUACCACUCAGGGUCCUGAAUGCAAAUGCAGAUAAAUAGCGGAUAUGUUCGUGCUGUGGGCUCAACUUGACUGCAGACUGCCAUCUCUCUCUCUCUCUCUCUCUCUCUCUCUCUCUCUCUCUCUCUCUCUCUCUCUCUCUCUCUCUCUCUCUCUCUCUCUCUCUCUCUCUCUCUGUGUGUGUUUCUCUCUCUCUCUGUGUGUUUCUCUCUCUCUCUGUGUGUUUCUCUCCAUUAGAACACACAGCUUUGUUUCACUUCUACUGCAUUAUCAUUAAAUAUCCCCACUACUUCACCUUCACUGAGGGGGUUCUGUGUUAGAGCAGGGCUUUUAUGUUCAUAUGGAGAAUAACACAACAGAUGUUGUCUACAUGGGCUUUAUUGCCAUAGGCCCAUCUCAUGUAAGCUAAACUGGAAAUGUUAUUUUGUGCUUUGUUUGUGAAGGUUCAACUGAUAAACACACACACAUGCUGGUGGAAACAGAAUACAUUCACCCUUGCCCUGAGGCUUAUUGUAUGGUCUUAGAUAACCUCUGUGGAAGUAAUAAAGCUGAAUGUGUGGUUUGUAAAAGCUGAGUGCACAGAAUCACAGGAAGUACUAUACUGAUGCCACACCCUCAAUGAACUAUUGACCACCUGUCUACAGCCAAUCCCAGCAAAACCAACCUUUCACUCAGUUUGUGACGUGUGUGUGUGGGAGAUAGGGUCUGUGUUUGUGUGUGCAUGCCUGUGUGAUAAUGAUAUACCGUACCAUAAAAGCCGCACACACAUCUGUGAAUAAAUGAAACCGUAUGUUCGUUUUCCAGACCACACCCAUUGGAAUGCAAUUUAUUCCUUUUUAACCACAAUAAACAACGGGUGAGGGGUUAGUUUUUUGUCCAUGGUAUAAGUUGUGCUUUAUAAAUCAGUAGAGAACAAUAUUUUCCUGAGGAUUAGGCAGCUCAUUCAAUGACCAUAGGAGUUGGCAAGCAGCACAAACAGAUCUGGGACCAGGUUAUGGUUGUACAGGCAUAAUAAACCAGUUUUGUUGUUGUUUUUACAGGCAUAUUAAAGCAGUUAUGUUGUGUGUUGUUUUUCUCCCCAGUACUCCAUCUGUAAUGAGCCUCUGAUUGAGCUGUCCAACCCCGGGGCCAGCGGCUCUCUGUUCUACCUGACCAGCGAUGACGAGUUCAUCAUCAAAACCGUCCAGCACAAAGAGGCAGAGUUUCUACAGAAACUUCUCCCAGGUUACUACAUGGUGAGUAACUCACCCAACCUAGUCUGCUUUUCCUAUAUAGUGCACUACUUUUGACCAGUGCCCAUAGGGUCUUGAUCAAAAGUACUGCACUAUGUAGGGAAUAGGUUGCCAUUAAAUGGAUGCAGACCUGGUCUCAGGCCUAUUAAACAGGCCCUAUUGAUCAACUAACUGUAUUCCACCUCUCUCUUCACAACCAGAACCUGAACCAGAACCCACGUACCCUGCUGCCUAAGUUCUACGGCCUGUACUGCAUCCAGUCUGGAGGCGUCAACAUCCGGCUGGUGGUGAUGAACAACGUGCUGCCGCGCUCCGUCAAGAUGCACUACAAGUACGACCUGAAGGGCUCCACCUACAAGAGACGUGCCUCCAGGAAGGAGAGGGAGAAGGCCUGUCCCGUUUACAAGGACCUGGACUUCCAGGACAUGCAUGAAGGGCUCUACUUCGACGCUGACACCUACAGUGCCCUGAUGAAGACCCUGCAGAGAGACUGCCGGGUAGGUGUGGACUGGGACAGCUGUCUGUCUGUGUCUCUGUCUGUCUAUCUGUCUAUCUGUCUGUCUGUCUGGGUGCCUCGAGCUCCGACCUUGUGGUAGGACCUCGCAAAACUAUGUUACAACACUGGUGUGAGUACCAAGAAAAGUAGAUUACACAGCUGGUUGUAAUGCUACAAUUCAAACUUGCUAGAUCAUCCCAGUAUUACAAAGCAUCUUAGCAAACACAUGGCGGAAGCAGUUUAACAAAACAAACCAGGAAAUGCAGAUUCUUCACAUUCUUUCAGUAUUGUAUGCAGAUUAUGGUGUUAUUCUGGCUUUUCCCGUCAUUCUAGAAAUGUGCUAUCAGAUGAGAUGGUUCCUGUGAUAGCCCUAUCUGUGCGUUCAUCUGCUCAUCUGCUCUUUUCAUCCCCACACGCACUCUGGACUUAAAUGGCCAAACUUCUUGUGAUGUCACCCUUUGGACAUUCGGUCAGAUGCCAGAACUAGAGAAGGGCACAGAUUGUAUUUGGCAUGGGAAUCCAGUGAAGUACUGGUACUCAUUCUGUCUAUGGGAAAUCAGCAACCUCUCCCCUUCACACAGGAUACAGAUGUGGGAUCUUAAUUUGAUCAGUCUUUUGUUGAUGAGAAUUUUCCUGGAAAUGCAAACGUGUAGUAUAUUCAAGGUUUAAAAAGGCUUCUAAAGUUUGUAAUUUCCAAUUUAACAUUUCAGACUUGAUUUGCCCUAACCUCAAAUGCAUCAACCCCUACAAAAAAUGUCCAUUAAUUAUCAUCCACAUAAUAAUUCACAUUUCCUGUAGCAAACUGGCUCAAAUUAAGAUCCAACAUCUGUGCUCUGCCACUUAGGACACACACUCAAAUAGUAUACACUACACGCACGGCACGCAUGUACACUAAUGCAAGUAUGCACGCACAUGCACCAUACACACACACACACACACACACACACACACACACACACACACACACACACACACUCUUCCACUCUUCCACUACAUACUCUGCCACAUUGAAUACAAGCCCAGAACUGUGUGUGUGUGUGUGUGUGUGUGUGUGUGUGUGUGUGUGUGUGUGUGUGUGUGUGUGAUUGUAGGGUUGGACAGAGUGUUUUGAGAAAGGGGACUGUGUCUUUCUGCAGCAUUUGGCACUGGGAUUGUGUGUUUCCACUGUGGGUUCAUUGGAAGCUCUGUGCUCUGUUUCAGUUCCAUGACAGUUUUCCAAACACUGAAUGUGAUUAAGAAAUGUUCCCAGCAGCGUGAGAGAGAGAAAGUAAGAGAGAGCACCACUCUAAAGAUAGGAGGCUGCAUUCUUGUCUAUUUCAGAGCAAUAGCCAGAUUGUCCUGUCUAAUCUAGUGAAGUAGUGGGAUCAGAGUUAUUGUUUUAACAGAACACCACAACUCUGUUCUGAGUAGGAGCCAGGAGCUACUUUACCACUCCUAAAAUGUACGUAGAACAAAGAAGACCAUAACAAGUCAACUUAGAGAACCAUGGAUCUAUGGCAGUGGUUCUCAAUCCUGGUCCUGGGUGCACAUUUUUGUUUUUGCCUUAGCACUACACAGCUGGUUCAAAUGAGCAACUCAUCAUCAAGCUUUGAUGAUUUGAAUCAGGUGUGUAGUGCUAAGGCAAAAACAAAACUGUGCACCCCUUUGGGUCCCCAGGACCAGGAUUGAGAACCACUGGUCUAUGGCACUACUAUAUAUCUAUCUCUGUUGUUAUUGUGCUCUGUUCACAACUACACUACCUGUUUGUGAAUUGAAAAUGGAGUUGGUGGAAACAGGAAAAAACACAUAAAAAACACCUAAUGUGGACUGCCUCAGGUGAUGACCUGAUCUCAGAUCAUAUAGAUGGUGUUUACAUAAUGAUUGACAAUGGUGAAUGGCCUUAUUUAUCUAUUAUACAGUAUCAAAUCACCUCAACUACCUCUUACCGCCAGCACAUUGACUCGGUAUCGGUACGCCUUGUAUAUAGCCUCGUUAUUGCUAUUUUAUUGUGUUAGUAUUUCCUUCUUUUUUUUUUUUACAAAUCGUGCACAUUUGUGUACUUUUUAACUCUGCAUUGUUGGGAAAGGGCUCCUAAGUCAGCAUUUCACGGUAAAGUCUACACCUGUUGUAUUCAGAGCGUAUGUGAAAAAUACAAUUUGAUUUGAUUUGGGCUAGCUCUGAGGGGAUGACGGGACAUAUCUCAUGUGGGAGGAGCAUGAAGUUACCCCUAGACACUGAUCUUAGGUCAGUUUAGCAUUUUCAACAAAUAGUUAAAGUUGGUAUUUGUGGAGGGUUAGCUGAUCCUAGAGGCUGUUAGGCAUAUGUUGUAACAGUGUGUGUUGUCCCUGACAGAGAGAGCAUUAUAGCGUUCCCCUGUCUGCCUCCUACCCCAGGGUGCUUUACUCUGUCUCCAACCAGGAUGUAGACAUCAGGACGUAGACACACAGAGCCACUGAGACCAGGAACUGGAUGGAAGACGCACUUCCUGUUACAGGCAUCCAGCCUUUGAAACCUUUGCAACGUUAUAGCCUAUGAUGUGAUUGUCAAGGGCAUUUAUUUUACUCCCCCACAACAACAUCAUGGCUUCCGUUAACCAGGUUUACUACUCUUAUUUUAUUGGAGACUCUGAAAAUAGCUCAACUGAGCUGUUUUUCAACAGGAAACGACAAGUGGUGACUUAAUGAAUGGAGUUAGUCUGCAUGAGUAGCAAGGUGUUAGGGGUAUAUAUACUGAACAAAACUAUAAACGCAACAUGUAAAGUGUUGGUCCCAUGUUUCACGAGCUGAAUUAAAAGAUUCCAGAAAUUUUCCAUAGGCAAAAAAUGCUUAUUUCUCUCAAAUUUUGUGCACAUCCCUGUUCAUGAGCAUUUCUCCUUUGCCAAGAUAAUCCAUUCACCUGACAGGUGUGGCAUAUCAAGAAGCUGAUUAAACAGCGUGAUCAUUACACAGGUGCACCUUGUGCUGGGGACAAUACAAGUCCACUCUAAAAUGUGCAGUUUUGUCACACAACACAAUGCCAUAGAUGUCUCAAGUUUUGAGGGAGCGUGCAAUUGGCAUGCUGACUGCAGGAAUGGAUUGUCCACCAGAGCUGUUGCCAGAGAAUUGAAUGUUUGUUUCUCUACCAUAAGCCGCCUCCAACUUCGUUUUAGAGAAUUUGGCAGUACGUCCAACCGGCCUCACAACCGCAGACCACGUCUAACCACGCCAUCCCAGGACCUCCACUUCAGGCUUCUUCACCUGCGGGAUCGUCUGAGAACAGCCACCCGGACAACUGAUGAAACUGAGUAUUUAUGUGUGUAAUAAAGCCCUUUUGUGGGGAAAAACUAAUUCUGAUUGACUGGACCUGGCUCCCAAGUGGGUGGCCUUAUGUCGUCCCAGUCACACCCAUGGCUGCGCCCCUGCCCAGUCGUGAAACCCAUAGAUUAGGCCAUAAUGAAUAUAUUUAAAUUGACUGAUUUCCUUAUAUGAACUGUAACUUAGUAAAAUCAUUGAAAUUGUUGCAUGUUGCGUUUAUAUUUUUGUUCAGGCCUGUUAGGUAACAGGUAGUCCUGUGUGUUUCUGGUGACUCCCCUUUGGGAGCGCCUGGAGUCAUGCCUUGAUGGCUUUGGCAAUGGCUGCUAUAGCUGGCUUAUUCCUCUCCUCCCAUCCCAUCUCACUAAACUCACAAACUCCUCAAUGUUGACUUUCUAUUGGAUACAACUCAAGUAGAUAAGAGUCCGCCACAGACUCUCUAAGAUGGCCUCUUGUUUGAAUUCUUUAAGGGAUCUUUCUUUCUCCGUCCCUCCAACUCUCCUCCUUCUCUCACAUCCUCUGUAUUUCAAAGUAGUUAUCUUCUUCUUCUAGGAAGGCACAAAGCUAAAGGGAACAGUGUUUUAUGUUGGAUGCAGUAGUUGUACUGUAAGUGACUCUGGACUCCGUAGCUAGUUUGUUAUUGGCACGGCUUCCUGUCUUUCCUUCCUGAGCUGGAAGCAAAGUGCUCUCUAAGCAAAAUCUCUGUCCGUUUCCAUGAGUAAGCAGUAAACCCCUCGCCCCAGAGACUGCUGCAGCAUAGAAAAACAGGAGAGGGGGAAAGGAAGGGAUAGAGGGGGGCUGAGAGGGACGUGAGAGACAUAGGUGAAGGGGACAUAGGGGGGGGAAGAGGUUAGAGUUAAUAAGGGGAGGUAAGGGGUGAGAUGAGAGAGGGAGGGACCAUGAAGUCUCUACUGCUGUACUGUAUGUGGGUCACUGAGGAAAAUGUAGGGUACUCUCUCUUUCCCUCCUCUCCCCUCUUCAUCUCACAACAGCUCCCUCGAUGCCCUCCAUAUGGCGAAUGAACUGAGAACAUGAAGAAACCAUGCCCAUGUCUAUGACUAGAGGGAGAGGGAGACUGAAGGAAAGCCUGCUUGUGUUUGACUUGUAACAGAGAGCAAUGUCAUGUCAUUGUCGCCGCAUGGCUGGGCUCUGAGAUGUUGUUGAGAUGAUGACAAUGUAAACUGUAAUGACAGUUUAGCAACGGGUACAAUGUUUUGUAAGUGGUUGCCAAUUAUGAGUGUUGAGGUCUUUGACUAGGGCAGAGGGACAUUGAGUGGCAUUUAGCUUGAUGUAUACAAAUAUUUUUGUCUGGGAAUCUCCCUAUUAACUUGAGACACAAACAAACACAUACUCUCACAUGCACGCACACACAAACAUACACGCGCGCACACACACCAUACACGAACAGAAUGGGUGAGUAAAUUGUGUUGCAUAAUUGUUAUGGAACUCGAGGCGGGUCAUGUUGUCAGACAAAAACAACCUUUUAUGGGUCCCCUCCUCUCCUCCUGGGUCAUGUGAAUCUGUAAUUAUAUUGGAACAUGACAGGGACAACAAUGCCCUCUCUCACAAAGCCAAUCAAGCCAGGGCUGAUGUCAAAUGACACCCUAUUCCCCAUGUAGUGCACUACUUUGGCUAGAGUUGGAUCUGGCUACUAACGCCUAACCAAAAAUCUACUUGUUGAAUUAGAAAUGUUAACAUGGAAUGGAGAUGUAAAUGCUGAGAAUGUGAUUUUCAUGAAAGGUAUGGCUGGUUCCACGUUUUAACUGCAAUGUAAAGAGUCUCUCUGUCAUUCCUGUCUUCAAAGGGUGCCAGUGUAUUAGUGUCUCUGUAAGUGGGCCAUGCUGUACUGUGAGGUUUCAAAGACAGACCCUCUCAAGAGACUGAUCCAGAGGAGAGACUCAGACAUGGCUUGGAUGUGCUGUGUUACAUCAAAGAUAAUUUGUUCAAGGAUAAGGGAAUCUUGUAAAAGGGUGACUUACUGAAGACUUGUUAAGAUAGAUUCUCCCUAAUACUUUUCCAUCCACUUUUCCAGAAACUCUGAAGACAGAAAGCAGUUUGAAGUCAAAUACAAGAUGAACUUCUACAGUGUGUGGAUAUUAUGUUUAAGUGAUUGUAGUUGUUGUUGGCUCACAUUGCCUAACCAGCAAACGGGGAACAUUCCCAGAACAUUAGCUAAGAUUCCCAUUAAGUUUUAGUUAGGGUUUUAUCUAACAUUAGGAUGAUAGCAUCCCAAAAACAUUGAACAAAUAUUUUUGAUACCAUUUUUUAAAUUUUUAAUCAGAAAAUGUUUUAAAGAAAUAUCCUUGGAAUGUUCUCCUAACAUUAACUAAAAUGUUGUGCACAACAUCUGUAACAACCACCUCAUUAGGUUUCCAGAUAAUGUAAUAACACAGUAUACCAUUAAUGUUUUUAAAUCAUACUGCCGCAACAAAAUGUGAGAGCAACGUUCUGGGUACAUUCUUGCAACAUCAGGUGAAUGAUUUAUACAAACAUUGUAUAAUAAUCAGCACAACUGGACAGUUUUUGUGUUAUGAGAACAUUUGCCGCAACCUAACGAAUGUUCUGGGAACUUUCACUGGUUUGCUGGGUAUGCUCUUUAUUGCAGGGGAGGACGAACACCGACUUUGUACCUUGGCAAAAGACAUCACUGCUAAGCAUCAAAUGAAAAAGGAUGCACACACUUUAAUGCUUAUAAUAAGGUCCCAUUGCAGUAGUAUAGAAGCCAACCUGAUGAAGGCAGGCAGCAGUAUUAAUAGUUUGUGUAGUGAUGGUUUGCCUGGCAAGAAGAGGUGGUCAGGCCAGCUGGAAGUCACAUGGCCUACUGUGGGCAGGUUGGUGUGUGGGUCUAUUCAAAAUAGUUGCCUUUGAAUAGGAACGGGGGAGUCAGGAGGAACAGAUGCAAAUCAAAUACAUGGAAAAGGCAACGCUCGAACAAGAGCACAAGUGUUUUCUGAGUGUGUGUGUGUGUGUGUGUCUGCGUGCGUGCGUGUGUGUGUGUGUGUAUGGGCUUGUGUUCGUGAUUUACAUUAGUCAUAUAAGGACAGUAAAUAAAUAAUUAACCAUGAUUAAACAACCAGCAACAAUGCACUUUAUAAAGCAAAAAUAAAGACACAUUUUACCAUGGGGAAUACCCAGGACAUAGCUGUUCUAUAAUCUUAUUGUGGGUGCUCAGUCAUGUCCCAUGUUUCCUUUUACCACAUCAAUGGAUUCUAGUUACAGAUACAUCAGUGAUAUGAUAAGAGAUCAAAAGGCCAUCUUUGCUGACCUAUAACCUGCUGUCUACUCCUAGUAAGUGUGUGUUUGUGUUACAGUCUCUAUUAACAAAGAUCCUCAUUCUGGACAUACUAGGUCACAUUACUUUGAUUAGAUCACAAAAGGCCGAUUAUCUGGCUCUGUUGUGGUCCUUUUCCUCAGCCUGUUUUCUGUUGGCCAAUUCCAUAUAAGGGAUAGUGAUAGCUGAGUCCCUUAUGGCACCCUAUUCUCUUUAUAGUGCACUACUUUUGAACUAGUGCACUACAUAGGGAAUAGGGUGCCACUUGGGAUGUACCUGAUGUUGGAAAUACUGUUUACGAAAUCCAACUACGUGCUGACUUUAGGGGCUACCAUGACGAUCAUGAUGAACAUUCUUGUAAUUUUUAGGUCUGCAGCCAAGCCACAUUUGUCUGAGUGUUCCCCAUUAUGACAGAUCUGUUUACUUCCCUGGUGCUCCUUUUUCUUAUUUUGUUGUCGUCUCUCUUAGACAGACAGACACACAGACAGACAGGGCCAAUUUGUAAGUCGCUCUGGAUAAGAGCGUCUGCUAAAUGACUUAAAUGUAAAUGUUAUUAAUUUGGGGGAUUGGCACAGUAAUGCUUAAAAUGAGAUGAUUCCUGUGGUCCAAUUAUGGAAAAUCAGGCAAACUAGAUGAUCAAAUUUGCAUCCAAAAAUGGCUAAUCUUAUUAUGGCUGAUAGCACCAUAGAAAUUAUGACUUUCCAUGCAAGCGCGUCUGCACACAUGUACGUACAUGCACGCACACACACACACACACACACACACACACACACACACACACACACACACACACACACAUUUGGCAUGCAAAACCACCGUCAGCCAAGCCAGACUUAAACCACCCUGCAGUGGUACUUAGAGGCCUGAUUGCGCCCUUGACCCCAUUUUCAGAUUGUGUUUUUUGAAAAACCUCUGGUGUCAUGUGACCGUUCUGUUUGAGCAGUGAGAGGAAACCUGGGGCCUGAGAAAACCUGGGAACAGAGACAAGAGGGCAGAAGGCCCCUCACACUCACACGGGUCAAUAUUUAACACAUCACUCAGCCGUAGAGCAACACCUUUCUUUAUAUAGCUCAACAAUCAGUUGCAGAAAGAUUUCUUCAAUUAUUUUUGGUGUUUGAGGCACCAAAUCUUCAGGGUAAUGAAACACUUUGUACUUUUCAGGUCUGUGUAACUAAAGCUUCUGGUCAACAUAGUAAAAUAGAAUAGAAUAGAAUAUCACUAUUGCCUAUUUAUAUUUGGUCACACGUCAAUAAACCAGAUGAUAAAAAAAAAAUGUUUUACUUACACACCUGUGGCUGAUACUGGCCAUUUGAGGACUAAGAGCAAGGCCAAGACAGCACCAACUGCAUUUCCACUCUUUGCUAGCUAACAGGUUGAUGUGAUGUUGUUUCAGAUCAUGGUGAUUAACCGUGUGGUUUCAUGUUGUGUGCUGCAGGUGUUGGAGAGCUUUAAGAUCAUGGACUACAGUCUGCUCCUGGCCGUGCAUGUCCUGGACCAGAGCCCAAAGGAGGGGGGCGAGCUGGGCCAAGCAGGGGGGGACGGCAAGCGGCCCGUGGCCCAGAGGGUCCUCUACUCCACAGCCAUGGAGUCUAUCCAGGGGGACGGCAAGGCUGCCGAGGCCCACACCACAGACGACACGUGAGUCAACUCACCACAGGCAUACUACCCAUACAAACACACAUACACAAUCAUAUACACAGUAAUAGUUUGAUGACAUUUACACGUACACACUGACAUACACUGAAAAAUGCAUGGCAAAACUCUCACAAACACUCAGAAUGAUCAAAACCCAGCCUUAAAGUGUGUCUUCACUGAGAUGCUUUUAAGCCUUGAGGUGAAUGUUUACUGGAUGACUUGGCAGAUAAUCCUUGACUAACCGGUGCCCCCGCACAUUGACUCUGUACCGGUACCCCCUGUAUAUAACCUCCCUACUGUUAUUUUAUUUUACUGCUGCUCUUUAAUUAUUUGCUAUUUUAAUUUUUUUCUUAAACUGCAUUGUUGGUUAUGGGCUUGUAAGUAAGCAUUUCACUGUAAUGUCUACACCUGUUGUAUUCGGCGCAUGUGGAAAAUACAAUUUGAUUUGAUUUAAUCCUGACUGACUACAUUCUGUGACUAGACCUGUAUUUACUGUGCUGUAUUUCAGGAUGGGUGGAAUUCCUGCCAAAUCACACAAAGAAGAGAAGCUGCUUAUUUUCCUGGGCAUCAUUGACAUCCUGCAGUCCUACAGGUAUAACUAUGCUGGAGGGAGGGAGGGGGGGGGGGGGGGGGGAGGGAGAGAGGGAGAGAAAGAGAGAGAGAGAAAGAAAGAAAGAGAGAGAGAUAAGCUACUCAGUGUGAAAAGCCUCUAAGGCCAGAGAGACAGAAGUGUCCCUAACGCUAUUCCCUGUCCGUAUCUCAGCAUCUCUAAGCUGACCUCAGGACCUGUCAAUUCAAGUGUAAAAUGUAACUAGAAGGGGAGCAUUUUACGUAACAUUAACCUAAAAUUGCUGUGGUUCCUGUUCUGUGUUUGGUGCCAAAAGGAAGGAUCUCAGGUUUUGGAUGAUGGGGCUUGGUGGGGGGUUGGGUUUGUUGCAUUACGAGCUACGUUUGUGACAAGGCUUCUUGUUUUUUACCUCAGAUUCAUUAAGAAGUUGGAACACUCGUGGAAAGCCCUGGUCUACGACGGUGUAAGUUGAAAUGCUGCAAAUCUGAUAUGUGUCCUUCUGAAUACACACCAUUCAUAGGUUACUUUCUUAUUGAUCUAAAAUACCCCUCUCUGAUGAAAGCUUUUAUUGUCUUCUGUUCUGUGCUCAGGACUCUGUAUCAGUGCACAGGCCCGGUUUCUAUGCCAACCGAUUCCUCAAGUUCAUGAGCACUUCGGUGUUCCGGAAGACUCAGAGUAAGUCUGCUGGCUCUUGUUCCUCAGUCCCCUAUGACAGGGAGACCUGUAUUUAUGUUAGGACUUUCAACUGGCACACAUGCCAGGCACUGGGACCAGAAAACAAGGGUAGUGGGAAAGAUGGUUUGAGACAGGGGUGGACAAACUACGGUGCCUAUUUAAUCCGGCCUGCGGGAGGUUUGAGUAAAAAAAAAAAUAUAUAUAUAUGUUGAAUGGACAUAUAUAUUUUCAAAUAACUGCGCUAUUUCUGGCCCGCAAAUUGAUUUUGAUAAACAAAUCAGUAAAAAAAAGUAUGUGCGGCCCUCCGUUCAAUUUCGAAAUCCCGAUGUGGCCCUCGAGGCAAAAAAUUAGCCCAACCCUGGUAUGAGGGCUGACCCAGAGAUUGAGACAGGUUAAUCCUUCAAUAACAGUACGUCGGUGUGGCACGUACAGUUAAGUCAACUGUAAACUAUUGGAAAUCUUAUGUUUGUACAGAUUCCUAGUUUGAUUUAUUUCUUACCUGCAAUAUCAGGUGAUUGUGGAUUGGAUAUGAUGUAUAGACACUGUAGGUCAGCAUUUCCCAAACUUGUCCUGGGGACCCCAAUGGGUGCAUGUUUUGGUUUUUGCCCUAGCACUACACAGCUGAUUUCAAAUAAUCAAAGUUAUGUUGAACAAAACCGAACCUUCCAGUAAAUAUAUAGAAGUAGCUGUGUUGAAAGCAACAACACAGUUGUGUUGAUGUACAGUAUACCUUUCCCCUGUGAGAGGAAGUGAUUGUGUUGUCAGGUUACCUGUGUAGUGUUUUGUACACUCAGUGUAGAUUCCUGACACUGGUUCUCAAUGAUGUUGCAUGUUAAAUUAAAUAAAGCAGUGUUACGUAACAGUGUGGAACGCUGAUUUAAUGAAGAUGGUUUCUGUGAUGAUUUGGGAUUUACGUGCUUGGUAUUAUUAUGCCAAUGCUUCUGCACAGUUAGAUACGAUGGGGAGGGGAGAGGAUUUCAUGCUCUGCUUGGGAGUCAGAAUGGAAUGUCUGGGGGACAGUUGUGUAAUGAUCAUUAUGCGUUAACAGUUUGAUCCUUUUAUUGCUAAUUUGGGACAGACGCUCUGAGCCUGAUUUUGCACGAUAAUGGUUGCAAUCAGGAUAAUCUGUUCCCUCCAUCUCUCCCUAUUUCUCUGGUGCUUGCCCCCCUCACCUCCCCCUACCCCCGCACUCCUCCCCUACCCCCUCACUUUCGGCCUCCUCCCCUACCCCCGCCUCCCUUCUUCUCCCGACCCCCUCACUCUCACUCUCUCUCUCCCCUACCCCCUCACUCUCUCCCCUACCCCCUCACUCUCUCCCCUAUCCCCUCACUCUCUCCCCUACCCCCUCACUCUCUCCUUAUUUUCCUCUCUUCCUUCCCUCCUCUUUCCUUCUCUAUUCCCCACCACUCAUUUACCGACUCCCCUCUCUCUCUCUCUCUCUCUCUUUCUCUCUGCAGCCAUUCGGUUCUCCCCUUCUAAGAGAGCACGUACGUCCAUCCCUGCUCUGAAGUCGUUCUCUCAGGAGAUCCUGUCUUCUCAGAAGGAGGAGAAGGAGGAGGAGAGUCGGGACCGGCUGGGAGGAGCACGCAGUCUGGCCAGUCUUGACGGACAAGGUAGACCAGCAGCACACUAUUAUCAAUCAUCCACACAUUCAUGUGUUGUAUUUCCCUUUUGGAGGUUGAGCCAAAAGCACCAAACAGAAGUCACUUUCACUUCCCAGAUCUGUCAUGUAGAACACAUCUCUAUAUCUGGACCUUUUAGAACCACUUGGUCCCUGUAAACUGGUCCUUCAGUAGCGCCAUAAAACUCUCUUCUGUCCACCUCCAGGCCUCAGUGAAAUGUUGCCUCACCAGAACGAAAACACAGUCUAUCCUGUUAUUAACAGCCAGCCCGUUUGUGUGUGUGUGUGUGUGUGUGUGACUGAGUUAGCGUUAUGCCUCGCUCUUUUUCUCUUGGGGAUCCAUUAUCAGGCCCUGACUCCAGUGGCGGGGGGGUAUAAGGCUGGCUGGGUUAGAAUCAGGACCCUGUCAGCAGUAGCCACUAAGCUUCAUGACUCUUGAUCUUCCUCUGAGGUAACACCACUGUUGGCCAAUAUUACAGGAAGAGAUGAGGGUGCAGACUUCUGAAUAAGCCAGAGAGAAGUCUUGGUUUAUAUUGCAACAUAACUUAUUUAGUUAAUAGGAAAUCCUAUUUUAUCCUGUUUUAACUCAACAACACCCUGGUACACUAUGUACAACCAUCACAUAACAUACCAUGUCCCCACCUGUGCCGAAUUUGGCCCACAGGUGAUUUUAUUUGUCCCCCCAAAGUUUUUUUUGGGGGGGACAUAAAAGACUGUAUAAACACCAGCAAACCAGCUCCAAGUGAUUUGUAUCUGUUCUAAAGUAUUCCCACACAUAAUAGAGAGAUAUAUGUGAUCGUAUAUAAAUGUAAGCAAGGUUUAAAACUAUAUAUGCAAGGUCAAAUAUGAUAUCUGUUUGGGCUUCUUGCGGUUGUCAUUAUGUUCCGGCCCCCUGACCAUCCGCUCAAGAAAGAAUCAGCCCACAGCUGAAUCUAGUUGAUGAUCCCUGCCAUAAAGCAAUUUAACAUUUUUGUUUAAUUUUUAAUAGCUUACUCUAUUCCAGUUAACCAAUUCUACUCAAACUACUUUGAGGGAUAGAAGGUUCAUGCAGGGACACUUACAUAAUUGUUUUAUACACACUUUAUUAUCUCAUCUAAUUAGACUAAAUCAAACACACAUGUUCUGUCCUGUGGCUUCGACAUCAGGUUUAUACUCUGUCUUUAGAUCACGUUUUUAAACUAAUAGAUCACUGAGGUCAUGGAGUUGUGUUUGUCUCUCAGUGAGGUCAUGGCUUUCUGUGUGUUUGUGUGUUUCUCCCAGUGUUUGGCUCCUACCUGCGUCCGGACCUAGUCCCUGCCACCUCGUCCUUCUACGAGGGCUCCUCCAUGGGAACCAUCUCCUCCUCCUCCAUAUUUGUCAACCUGGAGACCCAGUCUGAAGACAGGUACCUCUAUCCCCCGUCUACCUCUGUUCCAUCUUUACCCUCCAUGUCUCCCCUCCACCCCUCUACCUGA